AUGGCUCCACGAUCAAUUCCUCAAACCUGUGCUGAACUUAAAUCCUCUGCCUCUCGCUCUGUUCUCAUCACUGUAACCCCUGAUACCCAUCUCGAUAAAUGUUUGAUGGCCAUGGUUGAAAAUGAUGUCAGACACUUGAUUGUUGUUGAAAGUGAACAAAGUAAGAAGAUUGUGGGUCUUAUUUCCGAACGAGAUAUCCGUCUUGCCAUCGGAAGCCCACUCAUUCAUAAAGAUAUGGAUAUUAAACAAGAAAUUGAUGAAUUUGCAAAGCAAUUGGCAUCUACCAUCAUGACAAGAUCUGUAAUCUCUGUUAAGGAGAAUGAUUCAGUCUUGGAGGCUGCAAAGAUGAUGAGAGUAUCAAGAAUUGGAGCUUUGCCUAUUGUUGACGAUAACGACAACGUUGUUGGUAUUAUUACACGUACCGAUAUGCUGGAUCAAUUGAUUCGAGUGUUGGAUCAGGAACAAUAA